AACGUCCAAACAACUUGACAAAGGAAAGGGGCUUCUUCCAACGCCAUUUGGAUGGAUUCAGAGAUCAGCUCCCAAGUAAUGGGUCCUCUCUUUUAGCCAACAAGGCCAAAAAGGGUGUUCUUUGUAGAACAGUGUCGGUGUCAAUCGUCAAUUAGACAAAUUAUUUGCUUGUCUGAGCUAAAAUACCUCUACUGAAACGAACCCAUUAGAACUUCUCUUGAUUCCCAUCCCUUUUCUCUGAUUUCCCACCUCAUCAGUCAUAAGGGAGAGAGGGAGAGAGAGAUGGGGGUGCAGAUACUGGAGCCCAACACCUGCAUAAGAGGCUGCUGCAGCAGCAAGACCAUCCCUUUGCAUCUCCCAGCUUCAUCGUAUACUCUCCUCUCCCCAAUUGCUCGAGGUUCGGAAAGCGUUGUUUAUGAAGGAAUUCUAGAUGGGAAAAGAGUUGCAGUGAAGAAACCCAUCUUGUCUACAUCAGAAGACCUUGACAAAUUCCAUAAAGAGUUACAGAUGUUAUGCAAACUAGAUCAUCCGGGGAUAGCUACAUUGGUUGCAGCCCAUGCGAGGCCACCCAAUUACAUGUUCUUCUUCCAGUUUUAUGAGUCUCGGAAUCUGGCCGAGCAAUUACAUGUUGAAGAAUGGAACCCGGGAAUUGAUCAGGUGCUCAAGAUCGCCUUUCAACUCGCGCAAGCUCUUCAGUAUCUACAUAGCCUUGGAAUUGCACAUAGGGAUGUGAAACCAGCAAAUAUUCUUCUUGACAGAAAUUAUUAUCCACAUCUAGCAGAUUUUGGGUUGGCAGAGUACAAAAAAGAUCUUAGGAAAAUCUCUAUUGAAAACUGGAAAUCAUCUGGAAAGCCAACUGGUGGUUUCCAUAAAAAGAAUAUGGUUGGAACCCUCCUCUAUAUGGCACCUGAAAUAUUAAAGAAGGACAUACACACAGAAAAGUCAGAUGUCUAUAGCUUUGGAAUAUCAAUAAAUGAGCUGCUUACUGGUGUUGUUCCAUACACUGAUCUCCGUGCAGAAGCCCAGGCCCACACUGUGCUGGAGAUGAGAUACACUGAACAACAGCUCACAGCAGCAGUAGUAUCUGAAGGAUUGCGGCCAGUGCUUGCUGAUCCUGAGUCUGGUGCACCAACAAGUUUGUUGUCCUUGAUAGAGAGGUGCUGGAACGCAGAUCCUGAGAGCAGGCCUUCUUUUGAAAAUAUUGUUAUGGAACUUGAUUCAAUAAUGGAACAUGCAAAAAAAGAGAAAGAAGUAGAAAAUAUCCCUGGAGUUCCUUAUAUUUUUCUUGGUGAUCAGCUCCCAAGUGAUGUCAGUAACAUAAGGACUUAUCAGGAGAGUAUAAACUGGUUCACUCAAGGGGAGCAAUUGGCCAAGAGAACUUCUCUUUCAGCUUCAAGUGCAAGAAUGUGGGCUGAUUUGUCAAAUAAUUCUUUGGAAUACCAUCCAAUACUGUCUUGGGGAUCUUUUGCUACAUGUGGAAGAAGGGAGACAAUGGAAGAUACACACUUUUUAAUGCCUCAAAUGUGUGGCGAGAAGGAUAUCCAUAUAUUUGGAAUCUUUGAUGGUCAUCGAGGUGCUGCAGCUGCCGAGUUUUCUGCUCGAGCACUACCAGGAUUCUUACAAACUUUGGGUUCCACAAAUAGUCCCUCAGACGCAUUAUUGGAAGCAUUUGUCAAGACAGAUAUUGCAUUCAGAAAUGAAUUGUUAGCUCUGCGUAAUAUAAAAGGAGCUGUUCAGAAAGAUUGGCAUCCUGGUUGCACUGCAGUUGUGGCAUUAAUUGUUAGGAACCAUCUUUUUGUUGCUAAUGCUGGUGAUUGCCGGACAAUUUUAUGUCGGGGUGGCCAUCCCUUUGCUUUAAGUAAGGAUCACAUUGCAAGCAGUCUUGAGGAGAGAGAACGUGUCAUCAGUGCUGGGGGGCAAGUCAAAUGGCAAGUGGAUACAUGGAGAGUUGGUCCAGCUGCUCUGCAGGUUACACGCUCAAUUGGUGAUGAUGAUUUGAAGCCUGCUGUUACUGCAGAGCCUGAGAUAACCAAAAUUAAUUUGUCACCUGAAGAUGAAUACCUGGUAAUGGCUAGUGAUGGGCUUUGGGAUGUGAUGAGCAAUGAGGAUGUCGUGUCAAUAAUCAGAGACACUGUUAAAGAGCCAGGAAUGUGUUCAAAGAGGUUAGCAACUGAAGCUGCUGAGCGUGGAAGCAAAGAUAACAUUACAGUCAUUGUUGUCUUCUUACGGCCGGUCUCUACAGCUGAGAGAAUUUACUAAGUUGGAGAUAUUCUUUGUAUUUCUGCAUGGGCGUGCGCUACAUUGUGCAUCCGUUUUUAUUGGGGAUGUGUUUAAAAUGGUCAGUGAUGGCAUUGUUGUAAAUUAUCCGGUUUACUGUUUCUUCUGUAUGAACCUAAAGUAUAAUAAAAGCCUUGGUAUUUCCACUGGGGAUUCGUAUUAGAUUA